AUGCCAGACACUCUGGAAACCGCGCAGCAUUUUAUAUUCAUUACCCAAGUAUACUUCUGUGCCAUGUAUGCGGUUAUAAUCUGGGACUGGCUCAUCAGCUUGCCUCGAGAGUGGCGUUUCAUUUGGAAGUCGAUCUGGACUCCAGUCAAAGUCGCAUAUCUAUUCUGCAGGUAUUGGGUCAUAGCUACUGUUCCGUAUCUGCUAUAUUGCUUUGUCGUGGACCAUACGGCGGCGAGAUGUCAAGCCCUCUACAAGAUCCCUGUAGCUCUGGCAAUGUGGAAUCAAGUCGGGUCCGAGACCGUGCUCCUAAUCCGCACAUACGCUUUCUUCAAUAGGAACAACUAUCUUCUUGUGUUCCUCGUCUGUGCUCUUGCGGGGGUCGUCGCAUAUCAGCUCUAUGUGGAUACCUCACAAAUGCUAGUCCUUCCUUUCGUCAAGCCGCCUUUCACUAUAGGCCCGUGUUUCCCCAUGUCCAAGCCUCACUCGGCACAUCUUCUUGGCUUUUUCAUCGCACCGCUCUUGUUCGAUACCCUGGUGACAUCAAUUACAGUAUGGAAGGCUAUCACGAUUCGGAGGAGGAGCGGUGCUACAAGCAGUAGACUCAUCCAGACUUUCCUCAGGGAAGGAGUUUUCUAUUACAUACUGAUCUCUAUUGCAAAUUUGAUCAACGGGAUCUUCUACCUCCAACCGCGGCAGGUAAUAUCAGCAAUCAACAUUCCUCUCAGUGUCAUGAUGAGUCCUCUGCUCGCCUGCCGUCUCAUCCUUGAUCUUCGGGAGCGAGGAUCCGAGACUGUAGCCCAUUCCACGCUCGGGCCCUUCAAUGCCUACUCCCCAGCCUCACCUUCUCCAAGAGCUAUCAAGAGUAGUCCGCCUGGUCUGGGUGCCUCAUCGCGAACAGCGCACAGUGGCGGCCUAGGUUUCAGAUUCAUUACGAGUAACCCUACCGCUACGUUCAAGUCGGACGUAGUCCUGGGAAGCAUUGCUGGAAACGGCGAGGUCGACGCGGAGCUGGAUGGUGUCGAGUUGCAGAACGUCAACUUGGCCGCUCUCGUCGGGAUGGAUAAAGAGACAGAGGAUAGCUUGAACGCUGAGAUGCCUGCUCCCGCUUAUAGAGCCAUCGACAUGGGUGUCGGUGGCGGAAUUCGAGUGGAUGUGGAGAAAACCACCACGACGAUAUGA